UGUUCAGUUUAGGAGUAUCAGUAUCGUUUGCAUGCUACGAAUUUUUUUUUUUUGGUUCAAGUGAAAUUAACACAUUAAGGAAUGAAGAAUUCCUUAAGCUUUUUUUUUCUUAAUUUAAAUUGGUUUUAUUUUCUUAUUGUAUGUCCGGAUAAUUUUUAUUUAGAAUUUAGAUGAUUAAAUAAUUAAGUGUGUUUUUUUACAAGAAAAAUUACAAAAGAUUUGCGAAAAUUUAAAAAAAAUACGUGUACAAGUCUAAGCAUAUACAAGAGAAAAAAAAAUAAAAAAAAAAAAUAGAAUAUUAUUUGAAGAAAAAAAAAUAACAGAAUUUUUGUAAUGAGUGCUUGAAGUUUUGACGUGCGUGAGUAUUAAAAAAUUCAAGUUUUUUUUUAGAGUGGCGCUUUACUGGGCGUGUCGUCUUGUUGCAUUAACGUCGCUGUAGCCGUUGAAUUCGUCGUAGCUAAUAGACAAUAAAGUCAAAAAUAAUAUUUCGUGUGUCGCGUACUUUUUUUUUUUUUUUUAAAUAAAAUACCUGUGUAUCUUGUGUGGCAAUAUAACGUUUAAUAUCGAGAAAAACAUAAGAAUUUUUGAGACAAAACUGGUGGUAAUAUUUACAGACAGAAUCAGGGAAUAAUGCCCAUACUUAAUAAAUUCUGAAAUUUAAAAAUAUUAAAAUAAUAUUUAAUAAUUUAAAUAAAAUCUAUGUUUAAAAAUAAAUAUAAGAUAAAAGAAUUAAUAAAGGAAAAAAAAUAUUGUCAUAGCAAUUCAUUUGAAUUAUACUUAUGUAUGUAUGUAUUAAAAAUUGUACAACAUGACCGAAUACAUUUAAUUCUGUUAAGAAUUUAAUAAUAUGUUAUGCAGUAAAAUUCCAAAUGUUAGAAUACCUACCUACUUACCUAAUGAAUAAAAUAAAAGGCAUACCAAAUGUAUCAUAUACGAUUUUGUGAAUUAAACAAUAUUCUACCUGGUUAGGUACUACAAUCAUGUCAAAUUUUUUUUUUUAAAUCUUUAAACAAUAAUACAAACUACAUACAUACAUACAUGUGUACUUAUCUAAAUGUAAAGGUGUUUUGUUUCAAUUUUAAUAAUUCAAAUAAAAAAGAGAAUUUUAAAAUUUUUAAUAAUAAUAAGAAAUUAUUGACGACAAUUUGUUAAAAUCUAAAAAGAAUAAUUUGAGAGAUAGAAAAAAAAACUUGUUUAUUAUUUAGAUUCUAGGAUUUUAUUCUACGUCGUUUUAAUAGUGUGUGUGCGUUUCUUUUAUUUUUUUUUUUUUAUUUUGUGUAGAAUUGUAGAAAUAUUUGUUUUAAGUUCUCAAAAUAUUUUGUGGUUUUGUCGUUGACGUUGUCAUCGUCACGUUUUAAUCACUACACAACUUGUUGUUUUUCAAAAACAACAACAAGAGAAUAAUAAUAAUAAAAAAAAUAAGACAAUAAAUCAUAAAGUUUAAAAUAUACAUACAUAUAUAUAUAUAAAUGCUACACAUAUGUGUACAAACAAAUAUAAAAAUUAACGUGGUAAUUUUUGUAUCUUAAAUAAAAUUCAAUAAUUACUAUGAUUCAGAAAAAAUAAUUGUGGUUGCAUGAAUGUAGAAAAUAUUAAAAAUAAAUUUAAGAAGUAGAAUCUACCUUUACCUAUCUAAAUAUUGUAAAACAAAAAAAAUAAUUUCUAAAAUAUUUUAAUUUUGAAAAAAUUGAAAAAAAAAAAUUUAAUAAAAAUUUUAAAUAACUAUUUAAAUAAGAAUCCUACUUAUAUUGAAAAUUGAAAAUUAAAAAAAAAAAAAGGGACGCCACCACAAAAAUGUUUAAGUGCAUUCCAAUAUUUAAAGGAUGCAAUCGACAAGUGGAGUCUGUUGAUAAACGUCAUUGUUCAUUGCCAUCUGUUCCAGAAGAAAUAUUAAGAUAUUCAAGAAGCCUUGAAGAAUUAUUAUUGGAUGCAAAUCAUAUACGUGAUUUACCAAAGAAUUUUUUUCGGCUUCAUCGUUUAAGAAAAUUGGGACUUAGUGACAAUGAAAUAAAUAGAUUACCACCAGAUAUACAAAAUUUUGAAAAUUUAGUAGAAUUAGAUGUAUCUCGUAAUGAUAUCGCAGACAUUCCCGAUGACAUUAAACAUCUUCAGAGUUUACAAGUAGCUGAUUUUAGUUCUAAUCCAAUUCCAAGAUUGCCAGCUGGUUUUUCACAAUUGAAAAAUUUAACAGUAUUAGGAUUAAAUGAUAUGUCAUUAACAUUUUUACCAGCUGAUUUUGGAAGUUUAACACAAUUAGAAUCAUUGGAAUUACGUGAAAAUUUACUUAAAAAUUUACCAGAAUCAAUAAGUAAAUUAACAAAAUUAGAACGUUUAGAUUUGGGUGAUAAUGAAAUUGAAGAAUUACCAUCACAUUUAGGUGAUUUACCAUCAUUACAGGAAUUAUGGUUAGAUCAUAAUCAAUUAACAAAAUUACCACCAGAAAUUGGUAAUUUAAAAAAUUUAAUAUGCCUUGAUGUAUCAGAAAAUAGACUAGAAGAGCUGCCUGAAGAAAUUGGUGGUCUUGAUAAUUUAACUGAUUUACAUUUAUCACAAAAUUUAUUAGAAUCAUUGCCAGAUGGAAUUGCUAAAUUAAGUCGUUUAACUAUAUUAAAAUUGGACCAAAAUCGUUUACAUAUUUUAAAUUUUAAAAUUGGAAUGUGUGAAAAUAUGCAGGAAUUGAUUUUAACUGAAAAUUUUUUAACACAAUUACCAACAUCAAUUGGACGUAUGACAAAAUUAAAUAAUUUGAAUGUUGAUCGUAAUUCAUUGGAUAGUUUACCAGUUGAAAUAGGACAAUGCACAAAUUUAGGUGUAUUAAGUUUACGUGAUAAUAAAUUAAAAAUUUUACCACCCGAAUUGGGUAAUUGUAAUUUAUUACAUGUAUUAGAUGUAUCUGGUAAUCAAUUACAAUAUUUACCAUAUUCAUUGGUUAAUUUACAAUUAAAAGCUGUAUGGUUAUCAGAAAAUCAAGCACAACCAUUAUUAACAUUUCAACCAGAUACCGAUGAAAAAACUGGUGAACAAGUUUUAACAUGUUUCCUACUGCCACAACAAGAAUAUCAACCAAUUAGUCCAGAUUUCCCACCUGGCCAGCUGUACAGAUCCAAUGAAAAGUUUAAUUCAGCAGAGCUUUUUGAGCACAGUAAUAAUGAUGAAGUUGUUCGUGAAGUUGAAUCUGAUUCAGAUGGUUGGGAAGAACGUGAAACAACGCGUCAAAUAUCUGUUAAAUUCUCAGAAGAUUCAACAGUUGAAAAGGAUACACCAUUUGUAAGACAAAAUACACCACAUCCAAAGGAAUUAAAAGCAAAAGCAAAUAAAUUAUUCCAUAAGGAGCGUAGUAGAACUGGUGAAGAAGGUGGUAAUUUGGAUACUCUAUCAGAGGAGAGUUCAUCAAAACCUUCAUCAUCUGCUAAAAACGAAAUGAAUUCAACAACAAUGGAAAAUUUAGCAGAGACACAUAAUGAUCAACAAUUAUUACCACCACAAACACCAACCAUAAUAUCAACAACACCAACAUCAACAAUAAUAACAUCAACACCAACUAUUCCAAUGGUAGCAGUUACAUCAACCACAAUAACAUCGUCAACAAUAAUAACAUCAACACCACCAUUAGUAGUUGAAGCACAAGUUAAUCAAAGUCAAGAACCAUCUGUAGUUGAAACGAUAUCAACAACAGUAACAACAACAACAACACCGGCAACACAAGCGACAUCAACAGCUAUUGUUAAAGAUGAAGCUGAUGAAGAUGAUGAUGAACAGGAUGAUGGUGAAAAACGUGUUGGAUUUAAUGUUGAUCCGAAUGAUGAAAGAUUCAAAGAUGAUGAAGAUUUUUACAAACGGCCACUUAAAUUGCAUAGGCGAGAUACACCACAUCACCUUAAAAAUAAACGAGUACAACAUGGUGUUGACAAACAAGCUAGUGAAAUAUUAGCAAAAGCAUUUAAAAAUCAAGCUCAAAAUGUUAAAAAUGUUACAACACAACCAUUAAAAGAAGUAACAUCACCAAUAUUAGAAGAUGCUGAGCACAGAGAUUCAUUAUUGAAUAGUGAUAAUUUAGAUGGUGUUACUGAACUUAGAGAAGAACAACAUGAAAUACAUAUUGAAAGAACAUCAGCUGGUUUAGGUUUAAGUAUAGCUGGUGGUAAAGGUUCAACACCAUUUAAAGGUGAUGAUGAAGGUAUAUUUAUAUCACGUGUUACUGAUGGUGGUCCAGCUGAUUUAGCUGGUUUAAAAGUUGGUGAUAAAGUAUUAAAAGUAAAUGGUAUACCAGUUAUUGAUGUUGAUCAUUAUGAAGCUGUUGAAGUAUUAAAACAAUGUGGAGCUGUAUUAGUUUUAUUAGUUAGUCGUGAAGUAACAAAAUUAAUUGGACAUCCAGUAUUUAGUGAAGAUGGUUCUGUAUCGCAGAUAUCCGUUGAAACCCGUCCAUUAAAUUUAAUAUCAUCUGCAACAGUACCAGCACCAAUAGCUACUACAGUAAUAUCAUCAAAUGUUGGUAUACCAACGGUACCAAUUGAUAAUAUAGUACAACAACAACAACAUUUACAAACACAACAUAAUAUUAUACAACCAUCAGGAGCAAAUAAUAUUCCUGGUGUAACUGGUAUAAUACCAACAUCAUAUAAUCAACUACAGAUAACAUCAGCGCAACAACAGCAACAACAACAACAUCCUGAUAUUCAUGGAAAAAUAAUACCGCCACCAAUUGAAAUACCUCAAAAUGCAAUUAUAUAUACGACAUCACAACAAAAUUAUCCUUUACAGCAGCAACAGCAAGUUGAUGGUGGUGGUAGAAUUCUUCAACCGCAACAAAUUAUAUCACAUCAUAUAGAUACUAUGGCAACAACACAGGGAACAAAUGGAAUUGUUGAAAAUGGCAAGCAAGAAUUAAUGCACAAAAUAACUUUACAUGCAACACUGAUACGAGAUCAAAUUGGUCAAGGAUUAGGUUUUAGUAUUGUUGGCGGUAAAGGUUCACCACCAUUUAAAGAUGGUUGUGAAGGUAUAUUUAUAUCACGUAUUACUGAAGGUGGUCUUGCACAUCGUGAUGGUAAAAUAAUGGUUGGCGAUCGUGUUUUAGCUAUAAAUGGAGUCGAUAUGACGUCAGCACAUCACGAUACUGCAGUUCAAGCAUUAACUGAUCAUCAACGUUUUGUACGUUUAGUAUUGCAACGUGAAAUAAAAGGAGCAUUAGAAAUACCACAAAGUCCACGAAGUCCGUCAAUAUUAAAAUCAUUAAGUCCGUCAGGUUAUAUGGCAAAUAGACCAGGUUUUAAACGGUCUAUUGGCGAUUUACUUGAUGAAACAAAUCGUUAUAUAACAUCACCACCAGCAACUACCGGUAUAACUGGUACAACUAAUUCACAAAAUAUCGAAACAAUAAAUCGUUUAAGUUAUCCAAAUACAACAACUACUACAACACUAACUGCAAAUGAAUAUAAAACCAAUGGAUUUGAACAAUUGCAACAACAGCCUUUAAUAAUGCAACAACAGCAAAUACUAACAAAUACACAGCAACAGCCGCAUCAGCAGCCAUAUAAUACUAUUUUAGCAAAUAAUAAUAACAUUCCAUUGCAAUUGCAACAACAAUUGCAACAGCAACAACAAUUACAACAACAGCAACAAUUGCAACAGCAACAACAGUUACAACAACAGCAACCACUGCAACAACAACAACAAUUACAAAAUAUUAUUGAUAAUAAUAAUUAUGUUGCACCACCAAUAGCAUCCGAUCUAAAUCAAGCAUUGAUUUUAAAUAAUCAACAACAAUUACAACAGCAAUUGUUGCAACAACAGCAACAACAAUAUCAACAACCUGUACCAGCACCAAGACGGGUAUCACCGUCAUCAAGCAUUCCAAACGAUACAACACAAUUACCGCCACCAGCUCGAUUACAACAAUCAAAUCAAAAUGGAACAUCAUCAUCAGCAUCAGCAGAUGGCAUAAACGAAAACGAAACACAGGUAAAUCAACCACCACCGAGACCAUUAACAAGUGAUGAUUUUCAAGCAAUGAUACCAGCUCAUUUUUUGAGCGGUGGUAGUCAUCCACAUAAUGUGCAUGUUGAGAAACAUAUUAAAGAAGGUCAUAAUGGUUUAGGAGGACCUUCUGUAACUGUCACCGUUAAUAAAGCAGUACCAGAUUUGCCGAUGUUACCACCGGCACCAACUGAAUUAGGUCGUAUUACAGAAACAAUAACAAAAUCCACUUUUACAGAAACUGUUAUGACCCGUAUUACUGAUAAUCAUUUAGCGGAGCCUUUAAUUUCUGAGGAAGUCAUUCUGCCGAAAAAUAAAGGAUCAUUAGGUUUUAGUAUAAUUGGAGGUACUGAUCAUUCAUGUGUUCCAUUUGGUGCUAGACAACCGGGGAUUUUUAUAUCACAUAUCGUACCAGGUGGUAUUGCAUCACAAUGCGGUAAAUUACGUAUGGGUGAUAGAAUAUUAAAAGUUAAUGGAACAGAUGUAACUACCGCAACACAUCAGGAAGCUGUUGUUGAACUUUUAAAACCUGGUGAUGAAAUUAAAUUAGAAAUUCAACAUGAUCCUUUACCAGUUGGUUAUCAGCAUAUCCAAGUAGAUUACGUAUCAACUGAGGAAAUUCUUAUUAAAAAAACAGAUGGUGAACGCCUUGGAAUGCACAUUAAAGGUGGAUUAAAUGGUCAACGUGGAAAUCCUGUUGAUCCAACAGAUGAAGGCGUAUUUGUAUCAAAAAUAAAUUCAAGCGGUGCUGCCAGACGUGACGGUAGACUAAAGGUUGGAAUGCGAUUACUUGAAGUGAAUGGCAUUUCAUUAUUGGGCGCAUCACAUCAAGAUGCCGUUAAUACAUUAAGAGCAGCUGGAAAUGAAAUUCAUUUAAUCGUUUGUAAAGGAUACGAUAAAUCGAAUUUAAUUCAUUCAAUUGGUUCAGGUGGUGGUAUGAGCACUGGUUUUAAUUCAAGACAUGGAAGUUCAAGAGCUUCUGAAACUGGUUCAGAAUUAAGUCAAAGUGUAUCAAGUUUAGAUCGUGAUGAUGAAGAAGGUAGAACGAGAUUGGAUUCGGAAGUAUUUAAAUUAGAUACAAAUGAAUCACCACCAGUUGUGCCAAUAUAUGCUGCUAAUACACAAGAUAAUAAUUAUUUAAAUAAUAUUAAUACACUAACAACAGUUAAUACGACAACAACAACAACAGCUGGAGUUCCACAAACAUCGAAAGAUGUUGCUUUGGUUAACUCAGAGCAAUCUUUAGUUAGUACGAAAGAAAAAAAUAUGCCAGAAAAGGUUUUAGAUAUAGUUAGAGCAGCUGAAGUUUUAGCACUUUCAGAAACAAUACCACCUAAAUCACCAGCUGAACAUCACGAAGAUAAAAUUCAAAAAACAACAACAGUUGUGAUAUCGGCUCACACUUUAGAUACACAUCCUGUACCUCCACAGCAACAAUUAACUUCUGGAACUGAAAAAACAUUUGGCCCAUUGCCACAAUCAGUUCAAGAUUCAUUACGAAAAGAUUCUUCUCGUCCAUUUAGUGCUCACAUUAUUGGUACCGAUGAAAAUGAAAAUAAUUUAAACAUUUUAUCAUAUCAUACCGAUGAUAAAACAAAACUUAAUAAAAUUGGAACUCCACUUUCACCAAUUGAAAAAUCAAAACCAACUAACAAAUCCAUUCAUGAUAAUAAAAAAUCGUUUAUAUCAACAGAAAUUUGUAAUAUUGAAAAACCUAUCCCACCAAAACGAGCUUCAUUAGAAUUGAAAGAUAAUUUAGAUCUUAGGUAUAUCGAUAUCGAAACAAAUACUGAUAAUCGAUACAAUGUUGAAAAUAUAAGACUACCAAAAGAACAUCAAAUAAUUACAAAAUAUACAAGUGAAUCAGAAAGUGAAAAUGUUGUUGAAUUUCGUAAUGUUCCAAAAUAUAUUAGUGAUUCUGAAAAUGAAACAAGUUUGUUACGUCAUCCGAAUAAAUCAAUUUCUGAUGGUAAUUCACCAGAACCAUCUUCAACUGCCCACCGUAAAUCAGUUAGUUUUGAUUUAAGCGGCGAUGAACGUGGUGGAACAAAAUCUGAUGUUGAAAGUUUUCGAUCACCAGUUGAUUCUUAUUCGUAUAAAACAAGGCAAUAUGAUUCUGAACAAGAGUAUGAUUCAUACCGCAGUUCAAAUCGUCAUCGAGGUGAAUUAAAAGGUAUAUUACGUUCUGCCAGUCCUUCAUCAUCAUCAGUUAAUUCAACAUUAGAAAGACAACCUUUAAGAUCACCUAGAUCACCAAAUAUUCCAGUUGUAGUUGCUAAAAUAAAAGAAAUACCGACACCACAACGUGCUCAAAGUCCAUUACAAAGUACAAGAUUUUCAUAUGACAUUCCAAAUUUAGCUUCAACAACUGAUGAUGAUGAUUCAAAUCAAACAAAUUGGAAAUCCGAAAAAGUUACAGAUGAAAUUGAACGUGAUAAUCCAUUUCGAGAAGCAUUUCAAAAGCCUACCAAAGAUAUUUAUGAAGAAAUGGCAAAAAUUUAUUCAAAAUCUGAUGUUGUAAAAAGAUUAAGCGAUCCAUCAAAGAAAACGUCAUUACAACCGCUUGAUAUAAAAAAAUCAUCAUUACCAACUAGUUCAGAAGUUGAAAAUCAAAGAGUAUUGACAAAAAGUCCUAUAAAUAAAGAACAACAAAAAGGUGGUGUCAGGCAGGCUACCGAAAAUUUUAUUAAAAAUGAAAGUUCACUGUCAAGUGGUUAUAAAUCGAUCACAGAAGGAGGUAGCAGUUUAAGUAAAAUUGAUCAAAAACCUCCUAUUAAACCUGUUCCACCACCACCUCCACCAAAACCAAAACAAUUAAAACAAGCUGAAAAGGUACAAAAUAUUGCAUUAAAAACUUUACAAACCGAUUUUGAUCAUGGUGAUUUUGUUGAAUACGAACACGAUAUUGCAACAAAUACAAUUCGCGAAAUCAAAAGAAAAUCAACUCCAGGCUCUCAAAAUCUGUUAGCACAACAAUUACAAUUGCAAAAUAAUAAGGAAACUAAGAAUGUGUCAAAAAAUACUGAUUCCACAACAAAAACAAGUUUUCCUCUUAGAAGUAAAGUACAAAAAGAAGUAAAAGAAGAAAAUGAAUCAUCAAUUUCUGGGGAAAGAAAUAAUAAUCGUAAUAGUUUCUGUCAAGACAUUCCUUUACCCCCAGUUCCUUCAUUGUUAUCAUCGUCAUCCUCAUCGUAUGAUAAAUUGAAUGAUUCAAACACAAAAUCAAAAAGUACAAAAUCCACAAAUAUACCAAAGCCUUUACCAAAACCUGAACUACCAAUUGAACAUCCUUCAAUAACACAAAUUCCAACUCCUUCUGUAUUGUCACCAAGCCCUAAAGAUAGUCCUCCUCCUCCUCCAAUUAAUUAUGCAACCUUACCAUCUCUCGGUGAUGUUGCUAAUUGUCCUAUUGAAUUCGAUGAAAGUAAAAUAAUUGAAAUUUCAUCAAUUAAAUAUGAUUACAUUCCAACUCAUAAACAUCCCGAAUUAGUUCAUGAGAAUUCACCUGACAACAUUUUAGUUUCUGAAGAGGUUCAUCGUACUGUUCUAUUGCAUGAAAAUGAACUUCGUAAUGCUGUACUUAAGCAAGAGCAAGAACUUAAUAAAAUUGAUACUGAUGAUGAUGUUUCAUCGGCCUUCAGUGAAUCUAUUUCUCAACCUUUCAAAUCAUCUAAAGGCAAAGUAAAAUCGCAACUGGAUUCAUCUGUUAAUGAUAAUUCAGCUACAUUUUUGAAUGCUUAUCAUCAGCAACAUGGCUAUCGUAUUUUGUCACCACAACAAAUAUUUCCAACUGCACAAAUUUUACCCGUACAAUAUACCACAUUACCUAUUCCACAACAGUUAACUUCUAGUGUAGGAACUACUAGUGUUGGUGUUAUUCAUAUAACACCAACAACAGCUACAAUUAAUUAUCCUUUGGAUUCGCAAAGUAAUUAUUUACAUCAGCAGCAGGUUCAACAUCAAGUAAUUAACGGUUAUUCAAGUGCUCCAAGUUCAUUAUUAAUUCAUAAUUUUAAUAAUAAUCUAAUCGAACAACUACCAAUUAACAGCAUGCAAAGUGGUAGUUGUACUAUAAAUUCUUCAAAAAUUCCUUCUAUCAAUAUACCGUCAAGUAAUGUCGUCACUUUAAACCAAAAUAUACAAUCACAAUCGAUAAUACAGCCAUCUACAUCUCCAUCAACAGGAAAUGAAAGUAUUGGUAGUAGUAUUAUGUCCCCGCCGGUAUCAGCGAAAACACCGAAAACCGUAUCCGACAAAAAGAGAUUUUUCGAGUCAGCUAUGGAAGAACAACAUAAACCGUUACAAAAGCAAGAUAAAGUUUUCUCUUUUCUAUCUAAAGAUGAGGUAGAAAAAUUAAAACAAGAAGAAGAAAAGAAAAUUGCAACAUUACAACGUGAUAAAAAAUCAAAAAGACUUUUGGUUGAUGAUGAUGACGAUGACGAUGAAAACAAUGGCGACAUUGAUAACGACAAAAAUAAUGAUAAUAACAACAACAACAAUAAUAAUGAUAUAAUAAGAAGAGAAACAACAACUGUUACAACAGUAACUAGUAGUAGAGAUGGUGUUGAUAAUGUUAGUAAUAAUAUUAUUAGUGGUAGUAGUAACAGCAGCAACAUUAAUAAUAGAAGUAGAAAAAAUAAAAGAGAUGGCAUUGAUCAUAAUAUUUUGCCGCAUAGUGCUGUUACGAUAGCUCCGACCAUUACAUCUGUUACUAUUGAUUCUAAUGUUAAUGAUGAUAAUGAUAUUUUAAUUGAUGACAAUGACCAUUUUGUGAAACAACAUCAUGAUAUAGAUGACGAUGAAUAUGAAAAUGAUGAUUCUGAGCAUACAAGCUUAAAUUCUUCAAUUAUAAGUGUUACGCAAAAAUCAUUAAAAUCACAAGAAUCAAAUUCAACAAUAUCAUCACCAUCACCAUCGUCACAAUCACGUACACAAUCACAAUCAUCAUCACCGGAACGUAAAAAUAAAAAACCAUCAUUAUUACCAAAACCAAAAAUAAAAGUACCACCACCGAAAAUUACAAUACCAACAUCAACUUCACCAACAAGAUCAUCACGUAUACCAAUAUUUAAAGCACCAAGUGUAACAAUAUCAACAAUGAUUCCUCCAACACCAACAGUAAGAACGACAACAUCAACUAAUGUAAGUGAAAAACAAUUGCCAGGUGGUGUUACAGUAAUAACCACAACAACAACAACAAAAACAAAAGGAUCGAAAAAUUCAAAAAAUUCAAAUAAAAAACCAUUGAAUGAUGAUGGCGCGAUUGAUUCAUUAAAACUACUGACAUAUGAUAAUAUUGUACAAGAUAGUGAUGGAUCAUUACAACAAUUAUCAUCAUUAGAUAAUUUCAUUAGAAAUGAACGUGCUUGUAGCAGUAUUAAUGAUACUACUACCCAUUCAAAUGGUAAUCCAAAUUCACAGAGUGGUUUAAAUAUUGAUAAACGAGCAGCCUGGCGUGCAGCCAGAUUGAAAUCGUUGGAAGAUGAUUCUGCUGAAUCACAAAAAAUGAUUAAAAGUAUGAAUAAAUUUGCUGAUGAUUUAGUGGAAGAAACUAAAAAAGAGAGGAUUGUAUUUCCAAAAAUAGCAAUCAAAUCUAGUCCUGGUCCAGUUGUUAUACGUGAACGUGAAAAAAUUCUUGAUGAAAGGAUAAUACGGCGAACUGAAGAGGUACCAUGCCCAAUAACAGGGCAACCUCAAUUAAGAACAGUAGAAUAUAUUGAAAAAAUUAUUGAAACAGAGGUGGAAACAUGUCGCCAAAAAAUAAUAUCAUUAGAAUUGCAAGAUCCUGACAAAUCAUCAUUGGAAUUACCAUCGUUACCAACUCCACCAACAGCUACCCCAAGAAAUAGUGAUAGUGAUGAAAAUAUGGAAUCAGAUGAUCAUGACAGAAAUGAAAAUGAUGAAGUAGCAAAUGCUUCCAUAAUAACUGUAAGAACUAACCCAGAUAAAAUAUUUUUGAAAACAUCAUAUGAAAUUUAUGGUGAUCCAACUAAAGAAAAAAAUAAUUCUUCACGAGAUGAAUCUGAUUUUCAUAAGAAAGCUAUAAUUGGAACUUUUGGUCGUCCAAUUACUUUGGAUGAUAUUGCAAAACAAUAUGGUUACCGUCCUGAUACAGAAGCAGAUUCAUUAGAUUUUGAUCCUAUUCGUGGUAAACUUGAAGAAGGCAUUAGUAAAGGGAUUAUACGCACGGCAACAACAACUAUAAUGACUACCCCUAUAGCAACAAUAGUUGAAGUAGUUAAUCCACUUAUAUCAGGAGAUGGAAUGCCAAAUAAAAUUGCUGUUGGUCGUACUGCCGACUGCCAGUACACUGUGGCUAAUCUUGAAGAUGAAGAAAUUGAAAAUGAAGAAGAAUUCGAAGAUGAAAAUAGUAUUAAUCAAAAAGAACAAGAAGAAGAAGAAGAAGAUGAAGAAGAAGAUGAUGAAGAUAUUGAGGAAGAAGAUUCUGAUGAUGAAAACGAAAAUGAAGAAGAAGUACAAGUAUAUGAAGAUAUUAUUGAAGAAGAGGAAGAAGAUGAUGAUGAAUUCAGUAUAUCAUAUGAAAUAAAUCCAUAUCAAACAUCGUCAGAUGAAAAACCAUUUGAACGACAAGAAAAACCAGAAUUAUCGCUAAAUGCCAAAAUGAAAAAUGUUUUAGAGGAAUUAGUUGAAGAUGAAAGAGUUAAAUUGAGUUUGUCACGUAGUAUGGUAGAAUCUGAUGAUGAAGAUGAUGAUAAAACAUUGCCAAAAAAUACAGCAGAUGAAGUUGAUAAUAUUUUGGGUGAAUUACAAAAACAUUCUGAUGUGAAAAUUCAAGAAAGCAAUGCAGCAAAUGAAAAUAUUAAAAGUAUAACUGCACAAUUUUUACAACUUGAACAGACUCCUGAACCUUUUGAAGCUAACAAAAAUAUUCAGUUCUCAAUAUUGUCGGAUCAUUCAAGUUUAGAACAAAAUAAAAGUUUAGAUCCAAUGGAAGACACUGAAAAUACUUUCAUUUCAAAAGCUGAUGCUACAAUUGGUGACGAUGAAUAUCUUGAAGUUGAUUCAGAUGAUGAAAGUGAUGGUGAAGUAGAAGAAGAUGACGAUGAUGAUAUAGAUGGUAAUGGUAAUAAUAACAGUAAUAUAAGUAAUUCAUUUGUUGACGGUUGCCGUGUCUAUAAAAAUCCAAAUGCUGAUUUAUCAUUCGAAUUAAGGCAAACAUGGGAAGUAUAUGAGCCUACAAUUCCAGCUACACCUUUACCAACUCCAGUUGAUGAAGCCCUACCCACAUUUUCUAGUAUUCAACCUCAAAUAUUGCAACAGAAGCAACAAAUAACUGCCGAAAGUAUAGCAUUAAGAGAAAAAUUAUUAUCUGAAUUGAAUGUUGGUAGUGGGCGACGUGGUAGCUCCACUGAUAGCAAUACUAAUAAUACAAAUAGCAAUAAUGAUGAUAUUCAACAAAAACUACUCCGUAAAGAUAUUGUCAUUACUGAAGCUGCAGAAAAAAAUCUCGACAAAUAUAGAAACAAUGAAAAGAAACAAGAACAAAUCAGUACACCAUUAAAUAUAGAAUUUGUUUCAGAAAUUCCAGCAACGACAUCUGUUAUUACUUCAUUGAUAGCCCCAGCUGUUCCUGAUACUAAUAAGUUAUUUUCAUUAAAUAGUGGUGGUCGUAUGGAUAGUGCUGAUUUUAUAACGGAAUCACAAUUGAAAGAAAAUCAAUCGAAAAUUCCAAUUCAAAAAGAUCAUCAUCAACAUAUUAUUCUAGAUUUUGAAAAUUUAGAUAUGACAAAGAAACAAAAUCAAAAUUUUAUUGAAGAAGAAAAACGUGCAGCACAAGAAUUUUUAACGGGAGCAAAAAAUAUAAAAAUUUUAUCAAAUGUUAAAAAUCAUGAUGAAAAUGAUAAUAGUAAUAUUAAAUAUCAAUCAGAUAAUCAAAAUAUAAUAAAAAAUAUUAAUGAAAGUGAUAAUAUUUUAAAUGAAUCAAAGAUUGAUCCAACAACAACAUCACCAACAACAACAACAACAAAACAAGAAAUAAAAGUUUUUAAGAAAAAAUCACCGAAAACCGAAUUAACUGGUGAAGAACUUUUUAAUUUAAAAUUAACUAGAAUGAAACAUCAUCCAAAAGACACUAUAUCAUUUGAUAGUUAUAAAGUAAUUACAACAACAAAAAAUCCAAAUGAUACACUAUCAACUACAACUUCAACCACAACAACAACACGAUUAUCAAGUGGUGUUAUUAAAACUCGAAUUAAAGAACAUACUGAUAAUAUUGAUAAUGAUAAUAAAGAUGAUAAUAAUUGUAGUUUAUUAAAUAAAGAAUCUGAAGAAAAAUCUAUUGUUGUAGAAUCAAGUAAUAAUAGCUCAAAUAAUAAUAAUAAUAAUAAUAAUGAAAAUGGUAAUGGUAAGAAACGAAAAAAAAAUAAAAAUAAAAGAAAAUAAUUGAAAAAUACACAAUAUUUUAUUUUUAUUUUUUUCAAAUUAUUAUUCUGCUCAUAUUUUGUAAUUUUUAUUAUAAAUAUUAUUAAAUUAAUUUAAUAA